UAUUGUGGCUUUUAUUCCUAACUGUUUCCUCCUCAGCCUGUUUCAUUUGCUCUAAAGCCGACCCUGCUUGUAGAAGCUGCAGCUCUCGUGGAGGACGAUUAGUUUCUCUCUGCAGCUUCUUUUAUGACAGUGAAGUUUUUUGGAGGGAUGUUGGUCUCACAGUGAAGUCGCCACAUACUGACUGAACGGCUCUCAUAUUAUCAUACGUCUGCACCAAACCCUGCUAGUUCAUGUUGUGCUGUCUGACCUCAGUGUGAUGUUUCCACCCUCAGAGCUGACGGUUGUUUCAGCUUUUGUUUUUGUGUCAAAGUUUGCUGCUGAAAACAGUUUCUCACACCUCAGUGUUCUGCUUUUCUUUUUAGUCUUCACACGUCAGUCAGCAGCAGCCUGAGCACAGAGUGAACAGAGAGAGAACUAACCAAGACAAACACAGACUCUCUCAUAAUGAAUAUUUGUCCUCUUAUCCUGGUCAGUAAAGCUAAUAGACUAAAUAAAGACUAAUAAAGCCACCUUUCUUUUCAAUAACAGUCAUGAGCCUUCCAUUCAUGGAGUCUGUCAGUUUCUCGAUCUGUUGAUGAUCAGCUUGUUGUGGAGCAGCAACCACACCCUCCCAGACUGUUCAGAGGUUUACUGUUCUCCUUCACCGUAUGUCUCCCGUUUAAGAAGGAACCACAAGUUCUCUCUGCUGCUUCAUUGCACCUCAGUGUAUACCAGUACUGCUCUGCUGUGCAAUACUCUGUCAUGAUUGUACUGUUGCGCAAUAAUACUACUCAGUGGUGCAAUACUUGGACUUGUGCAAUACCACUAUGCUGCUGUGCGUACUCUGCACCUUAUUUAUGUAUUCCUUGCAACUGUAAAUAUUUCUUAGAUCGGCUUGUAUAUCUGUUUAUAUUUUUAGCUGUACAUGUUGUUGUACAUUUUAGAACCUUUAUUCUAUUUACCUGCUCUAAUCUACUGCUUCUUCCUCUGCAUCUGUUGGCCUGCUCUGAACGACAUCUCACUGUAGUGACAAGAAAGGCUUCUAUUCUAUUCUGUUCUAUUCUUUUCUGUUCUGUUCUGUUCUGUUCUGUUCUGUUCUGUUCUGUUCAAUAGGGUUUAGGUCAUCUUGAAGGCCUUUACUGGUCAGCCACACAGUGGAGUACUUUCAUGCAUGUGAUAGAGCACUGUCCUGCAUAAAAAUCAUGGUCUUCUUGACAGAUGCAGACUUUUCCCUGUGCUGCUGCUUGAAGAAAGUGUCUUCUGAAAACUGGCAUGGUACAGGGUCAGGAUGGCUGGGCAGUGACUUACACUCCUACUGAGAUCUGUGCCUUAAGAGGAUCAACAGUGGACAUGAGAUGCACCUACACAUACCCAUCCAGUAUGAAUGGCCCUAAAACCACCGUUGAGGAAACAACCUGGUUUGUUAAAAUGAACAGAAAUGAACCUUUGGAUCUGACAACAGACCCACAGUAUUCAGGUCGUGUGGAUUCUCAGUGUGGUGACAACGACUGCACUCUGAGAAUCACAGACCUGAGAGAGAGCGACUCAGCUGAGUACAAGUUCAUGUUCAAAUUAAGCCAACAUCAUGAGAGAUUUACUGGUUCACCUGGAGUCACUUUGUCUGUCACAGCACAUUUAGAUGUCCAGGUGAAGGUGAGCAGAUCAGGGGUCUCCCAGUCUUCUAACUCAGCAGAGCUGAAGUGUCACAGCAGAUGUCCUCCACCUGAACGUCUUCACUACAUCUGGUACAAGAAUGGACAGAAGAUUGAGGGACAAACAUCUCGUCUUUAUUCAGUGUCCUCUGGUCCUGCAGACAGCUUUUCCUGUGCUGUAGAAGGAUAUGAGGCCUUCCGCUCUCCUCCAGUGUUGGUACAGGGUCAGGAUGGCUGGGCAGUGACUUACACUCCUACUGAGAUCUGUGCCUUAAGAGGAUCAACAGUGGACAUGAGAUGCACCUACACAUACCCAUCCAGUAUGAAUGGCCCUAAAACCACCGUUGAGGAAGCAAGCUGGUUUGUUAAAAUGAACAGAAAUGAACCUGUGGAUGUGGAAACAGACCCACAGUAUUCAGGUCGUGUGGAUGCUCAGUGUGGUGACAGCAACUGCACUCUGAGAAUCACAGACCUGAGAGAGAGCGACUCAGCUGAGUACAAGUUCAGGUUCAAAUUAAGCCAACAUAAGAGACAUAUUGGUUCACCUGGAGUCACUUUGUCUGUCACAGCACAUUUAGAUGUCCAGGUGAAGGUGAGCAGAUCAGGGGUCUCCCAGUCUUCUAACUGGGCAGAGCUGAAGUGUCACAGCAGAUGUCCUCCACCUAAACGUCUUCACUACAUCUGGUACAAGAAUGGACAGAAGAUUGAGGGACAAACAUCUCAUCUUUAUUCAGUGUCCUCUGGUCCUGCAGACAACUUUUCCUGUGCUGUAGAAGGAUAUGAGGCCUUCCGCUCUCCUCCAGUGUCUAGAAAAGACCUCAUGGGUCCAUCCACAACGACAAGAGCGACGAAAGCUCCAGAGCUUCCCUCUGUGUCAGUGAGUUCCUCUGCUGAGACUGUGGACACAACAGGAAGUCACAACAGCACCUCACAUCUGACUGUGGCAGCAGCUGCUGGAACAAUCCCUGUGGUUCUCCUGGCUGUCAUAUCCCUCUCUGUCUACCUGUGGAUCAGAAAGAAGAGGACAUCCAAUGAAUCUUCUGAGGCUGAAGAGAGACCAGACAACAGGGAACAGGGGGAGCAGGGUGAACUUCAGUACGCCAGCAUCCACUUCUCCAACAACCGGGCAGAUCCUACUCCACUCUACUCCAACCACAGUCCAGCUGGGCUUCCCAGACACAUGGAGCAGCAGGAAGUCAGUGAGUACGCUGCUGUCAGAUUUAACAGUGGCAGUACUGCCCCGAGAACCAGAGGUCAGCAAACUGGACAGAAUCCAGCUGCUUUGUACUGCACAGUCAACAAAAGCAGAUGAUCUCAACAGGCGUCGCAUUUCUACUCUGAUGUUUCCGUGUUUCUUUCUAAAGUUUGUAUUUGAGCAAGUAACUAUUGAUUUUUUUAAAAUAUACUUCUUAGGAUGGGCUGAAAACGUGUUGUGGAGACAAACUUGAUAGCAAUCUUAAGAGAUUUUACAAAUUCAGGAAGUCAGCUUAGUUUUUUACUCUGCAUGUGUCAUAUUCUGUUAAGAAGAAGAAUCAACUUUUAUUAUCGGUGUAUAUAUAUUUUUACAUACACUGAAUUAAGUAUUUCAUGACUUCAUGACUUGUGUAACAUUUUUUUAGAAUCAGUUGAUACAUCAAAGUCCAGUAUUUAAGGUCCUUUUAUAUUAUAAAUGUUAAUAAGUUUUUCACAACUCUUCUUCCUCUCAAACCUCCUCAUGGAGCUGCCAAAACAUAUCUGAAGAAUUUGUUCGUGCAACAAGUUAUGUGAUGUGAAUUACCAAGAGAGACCAAAAACUUAAAUUUAGGGCUCACACACUUGACGUAUUGUUCGAACUUCCACCUAACUCCAGCCAGCUGGGAGCUAAUUUUAGUUGUAAGAUGUAACAUGAUCCUACUUUUAGAAUUGCAGAAUCUGUGUGCAAUGUCUCUGCCAAUCACAGUCACUGAAAGUAGAACUACAGAUCAAUAAAUACGGCAGAAUAAAAACACUGGUGACAAAGUAAAAAGGCUGUGUUGAUAACAAAGCAAGAGAAAAGUAAGACUGAGACUCCACAGUGUCUGUAAGUGAGGGAGGAAGUCUCACUGAGGACAACUGAGGAACUAUUGACGUUCUGAGAACUGAAUUUUGAGAAACUUUUUUAUCUUCUACUUACUUACUUACUUACCCAAAACAACUACUGGCCUGCUUAUGUUACUUCAGCUUUCCUGUUAGUGGUGUGAAUACUGUGAAUGAUAAUAACCACCGAUUAUAAGAUGGGGGCAACGAGAGGAUUAAAUGUGUGGCUAUCACAUGAUGUGGCACAAACGAGCACUCGGUUUUUAGGUGAGACAGCGGAUGUUGUCUUAUCUCAACAUUAAGCUUUUUAUAAAGUGUUAAAUAUUCAAGACCCAAAGUUUAUCAAGUUUUGGCAGGCAUCAACAAAACACACAUGCAAGCUUUUCAUGGGACUGAACACCUCCGUUACAAGCAUCACUAACAUUUGACUUUUAAGUUAUUUCAGCACCAAAUCACGACAAACGUUAUCUCAUGACUCGUUCCAGUUAGAGCAGGUCGAGACCAAACUCUUUAAUGUAGUGUUUACUACAGAGAAACCCACCGUUCCUCCAUGAGCAAGCAUUUGGUGACAGUGGCAAAGAAAAACUGUCCCGGGUCUGGGUGGGAAGCCAUCUGCCUUGACAAGUUGAGUUGUGAGAAGGAAACAUUGGUUUGUGGUUUCCGUCAAACUGUUCUUUUUCCUAUUUACUUGACCUUUUAACUUGUCUUUUAUGCCAUUGUAACAUGAGAAAUAUUCCCCCAAUAAAGUCUUAGCUGAUAUUCAUUAGUUUCACCACAUCUCUUUGGCCCUGUGGGGUGAAGGCAGCUUUCAGGGUCUCAACAUGCAGCAGACGUGUGAAGUAACAGUCAGACUGGCCAUCAUGAGCAUCAGGAGAAAUCCCAAAAGCAAGAGAAAUACGCCAUUGGUCCACGUUGUGUAUGCAGCAGCUCAGAGCAUCAGUCUAUCAGUCGACUUUUAUGUCGUUGAGUUUAUUAAAGCGAAGGCAUACACAGUAUUGUGUGUUUUACAGACGUUUAUUGUGUUUCGGCCUUAAUUAUUUGUGUUGGCUGCACAAGUUAUUUGACUUCCGGCCUUGUGUGUGUGAAGUGAUGCAUCAGACUGUUUGUCUCCGCUCAGCUGAGCACCACUGAUGGAGCGUGAACCGCUCCAACGCUUAAAACAAGUCUUUCUUAAAGGAUCUUUGUUGCGUUGUUAUGAUGUUCUGAUUUGCCACAAAACUGGUUUCUCACACUUCCUUCAGAAGAUUUAAGGUUUUAAGAGAUUUAAAGAGGAAGUCUACAAAAACAAAAUACCAAGUUAAGUCUCGGUUACACGUUUAACAUCUGGGCUUCACUCAUCUUGCAUGUAAAUCACUAAAAGAGGAAGGAAGUGUUGCUUUUUUAUAAAUUACCCUUUCCGAGUACUGCUUUCAUACCACACAGAAAAGUGAUCAAGCUAUGAGUUUAACAGCAGCACUGAGUGGAUUUGUCGUCCUUCUCCUCACCAUACCAGUGGUACAGGGUCAGGAUGGCUGGGCAGCGACUUACACUCCUACUGAGAUCUGUGCCUUAACAGGAUCAACAGUGGUCAUGAGAUGCACCUACACAUACCCAUCCAGGAUGAAUGGCCCUAAAACCACCGUUGAGGAAACAACCUGGUUUGUUAAAAUGAACAGAAAUGAACCUUUGGAUCUGACAACAGACCCACAGUAUUCAGGUCGUGUGGACCCUCAGUGUGGUGACAACGACUGCACUCUGAGAAUCACAGACCUGAGAGAGAGCGACUCAGCUGAGUACAAGUUCAUGUUCAAAUUAAGCCAACAUAAGAGACAUAUUGGUUCACCUGGAGUCACUUUGUCUGUCACAGCACAUUUAGAUGUCCAGGUGAAGGUGAGCAGAUCAGGGGUCUCCCAGUCUUCUAACUGGGCAGAGCUGAAGUGUCACAGCAGAUGUCCUCCACCUGAACGUCUUCACUACAUCUGGUACAAGAAUGGACAGAAGAUUGAGGGACAAACAUCUCAUCUUUAUUCAGUGUCCUCUGGUCCUGCAGACAGCUUUUCCUGUGCUGUAGAAGGAUAUGAGGCCUCCCGCUCUCCUCCAGUGUGUGAGUUUACUUCCAGUCUUCCACUAACACACCGUCUGGAGGAGCCUUUAACCUUUUGUACUGGACCUUAACUACAUGGAACUCAGUGGUGUUUGGUGGUUCAUUGAGCAGAAUUGGAGGAAAACUAAAUCACUGCCUCAUGAGAUUGUAGACACGUUGAUAAAAAUCUUGACUGUAAACUUUAAGCUGUAAAAUAACAGCUCAGACUAUAAAUUUACCAAAACAACGUUAGACUUUAGAACUUUUUUGGAUUUUUUUGGUUUCAGA